CAUUAUUUUGUAAUGGGCGUGCGCUUGUUAGGAAAUAAAUGUGGGGGUUCAGGCGAAUAGCGGAGUGCACGAGCACCCCCUACCCCCCCACCAGAGACCACAAUGCUGCUGCGGCCUGAGGCUGUGGAGCCGGCCCCACAGCACGGAUGCUGCUCCAGGAAACUCGCUCCCUUGGCAGCGUCCUGUAAGGCGAUAUUACUUUAAUCAUCUUCACAUCAAUAUUUAUGAAGUAGCCGCAGGUGCCUCAUCAUGAAUUGGAGUUAAUUGUACAUUUAUUGGCCAAAUAAACAUCUAAUGAGUCAAUCCAUGGAUUCCUUUGGGCAACCCAGAUCAGAAGAUAACCAGUCAGUAGUCAGCAGAAUGCAGAAGAAAUACUGGAAAACAAAACAGGUCUUUAUUAAAGCAACAGGAAAAAAGGAGGAUGAGCAUGUUGUAGCAUCUGAUGCUGAACUGGAUGCUAAACUUGAGGUUUUUCACUCCAUUCAAGAGACAUGCACUGAACUUCUGAAGAUAGUUGAGAAGUAUCAGCUAAGACUCAAUGUUAUAUCAGAAGAAGAAAAUGAGCUUGGGCUCUUUUUGAAGUUUCAAGCUGAACGGGAUGCAACACAAGCUGGCAAAAUGAUGGAUGCCACUGGCAAGGCACUCUGUUCUUCAGCCAAGCAAAGAUUGGCUCUAUGUACUCCUCUGUCUCGUCUAAAGCAAGAAGUAGCAACAUUCAGUCAAAGGGCAGUAUCUGAUACCUUGAUGACAAUUAAUCGAAUGGAGCAGGCACGCACAGAAUACAGAGGCGCUCUGCUGUGGAUGAAAGAUGUAUCCCAAGAACUGGACCCAGAGACCUUAAAACAAAUGGAAAAGUUCAGAAAAGUACAGAUCCAAGUGAGAAAUAGCAAAGCUUCUUUUGACAAGUUAAAGAUGGAUGUUUGUCAGAAAGUGGAUUUACUUGGAGCUAGUCGCUGCAAUAUGUUAUCUCAUACACUCACUACCUACCAGAGAAUACUCCUUGGAUUCUGGGAGAAAACAGCUCAAAUAAUGUCCCAAAUCGAUGGGACCAGUAUUGGCUUUCAUCCUUAUGGCUUUAUAGCUCUCAAGCAACAAGAAGACUCUCCAAGCAAGCUUACUGAAAACAACAAGGAAGAAAACGGUUUUCUUACUGAAAACCUCAAUAAGUUAGUUUUAUCAGGUGAUGAAAUAAGCUUGGGAAGUGAACCAGCAAUCAAAGAUCAUAAGGAAAAGCAUUUUCAAAUAAGGGAUACUGAAGCACCUCAGUUCUCUAACUCUGAAAAUGUUGCAAAACAUCUACCUGUAGACUCAUUGGAAGAAGAUUUUGAGAGAGAAUUCUCAUUUUUGAACAACCUCCUAAGUCCUGGAUCUUCAAAUACUAAUGAAUUUACUCAAGAAUGCCAAACUGCCUUUGGAAGCCCCAAGGCCUCUUUCACUUCCCAGGAACCUUCUAUGGGAUCUGAACCUCAUUCUUCUGGAUUUCUUCCUUCACAACUCUUUGACCUUGGCCUUCAUGCUGCUGGAGCUUUCAACAGCUGGGCCUCCCAAAGGGGAUUAGAACUUCCUCUUUCACACACUGACAACCAGCUAGUGCCUUCACAAAGUCCAAAGAAAUUAACAAGAUCUCCCAAAAAUGGUAACCAAGACAUGUCAGCCUGGUUCAAUCUAUUUGCAGACUUGGAUCCACUUUCAAACCCAGAUGCUAUUGGACACUCAGAUGAUGAACUUCUUAAUGCUUGACUGAAAAUAUAAUGUCACUUCAAUGGCCUUGAGACAUCACUUUUGCAACAUAUGCCUUUGUGGAAAGGACUUUAUAUUUUAACCCAUACACAAAGCAUCAUGUUUGCAAAUAUAACACUUGGCAACCAACUUUAGGCAGAUGGUAAGAACCACGAGUAGAUUAAGUAUCUCUUUAUUAUCUUGGAUAUGCAGCUAUUGAUAAUAUGUGGAAAAUAUUAGAAACUAUUGAAUAUGAAAUAGAUACCAAAAUUUAUUUCAAAAUAAUAGCUAGAAGUAAUUCUGUCAAUAAGGAAUUGGACUUAUUUAUUUGGAAAGUCUUUUAUGUAUAAAUUGCCUUGCUGGCUGAUAAUUUUCUAUUUGGAUAAAAGACACAUAUAAAUUGGGUUGUGACUGGGGUUGGCUUUUUAAAUAAAACAUUGACUGAGGGAAUUUUCUGUUCUGGAAAAUAGCACUAGAACCAGACAACUUUUGUUUUUUCAUUAGAAAGGUAGAAUAAGAUUUGACAACUCAAUUUGCUUUAAUGAAAUCAAAGAGAAACUUGGUGCUUGUUUUCUCCACGUGGAGGCUAAAAUGUGAUACUACUUAGGCUUUUUCCUUAAAACAAAAUCACUGACAUUCCUCAAUUCCAUUAUUGAAUUUUCAUGGAGAAGUAUCAGGGUGAUUGAUUUAUUAAAGUCCAUCUCUGUAAAAAUGGAAAAUUCUCAUCCCAGCUUAUAAACAGUAAGAAUGUCCUAAAAUAUUCAAGACAUUGUGCAGGGAUCCUCAGGCCCAAUUUUUUACAUUGCUGCAGUAAUGUGCAGUAUUCAUAUUCUUCCUAAAAACAAGGGAGGACACUCCCUAAGCAACUGGCAAUAGUAUUCCAGAAAUCACCCAAAAACUUCGACCUGAAUGUGGGAAAAACAAUUCUGAACACCUUAUCCUUAUACAUACAAGCAUACUUACCCCAUAUUCUUGAUGUGAUUUAAUCCAGAAUAUCUUCUGGCAGAGUUACAGACAGCUCCACACGGUUAAGGGAGGGAGGGUCUCAUUUUCUCCCUUUUCCUUUUCUGUGACUGACAUCUGUGGCUCUAUAUUACUCUAAGGAUAAACUGUUACUCUUAGAGGGGUUACAGUUUAAGUACUGGAGGAAGGCAAUUUAAUGGCAGUUAGUGCAAGCUCACAAAAACAUAGCCACUAUAUAUACAUGUCACGCAAUUUUCCUACACUCUCUCCUUGCACAUCUUUAGUUGGGAGGCAGUUCUCCAGGUGGCUUUUGUCAUCCAGUCCACAGCAUCUCUGUAAGAAAACAUUUUAAUUAAGUUGCUUACAGUAGUUUUCAUGCACUGCUAGUUCUAAAUAAGCUUAUUAUUAGUGACUUGCUUAUAAUAUCCAAAUCAUUGUAUAUAAAAAAAUGUUUUGUAGCAUUGGAGCAGAGCAGAUAAAAUGCAAUUAAGAGGGCAUAACUCUCUGAGCUUCCCACAACCUCUCCAGAAAAAUCACUAUGGCCAAGUACUACAUAGGCUGGAAAGACCUUAUCUGAGGGUCAGAAACAUGGAAAAAGGAAAAGGUUAUGAAGUCUUAAAUUUUUUCACAUGAUUACUCCUAUUUUCUUGUUUGUUUUUAAUGAGCUGUUAUUUAUCCCUCAGUAUUUUUUUUAACAUUUCCUUUUUAUUUAGUGUAACUUCCCAGAAUGCAGUACUGCCAUUCUGCCAAGAUUCAGUCACCGAAGAUUAAGAUGAAUACAAUCUAAAUCAUCUAUCUAUGGUGAUGCUCUUAAUUUUGAGUAUUUAAAAAAAAAAAACCUAACUUUGCGUUGAGUUUGUGCCACUUUUCUUCACUAAUUUUCUGUCACUAAUGCAGUUCCUGUUUUCUGGUAUAAACAGACACACCUCAAAGCAGAGGAAAACCACUGGCCUCUGCCAGCCUGAAUCUCAAGACUACGAAUGUGAAGGGAUAUGCCCUCAAUUUUCCAAGAGCAGAGGUUUUCAAAAAAAUAGAAACAGCUAGGAAUUUUUAUUAUUCAGUUCCAAAGUUUCUUUUUCCUUUCAACACACAAUAGGUGUUGCCCAUUAAACCUGAAAGCAAGAUUAUCUGCACUUAGCAAGCCCAGUUAUAACUUCAGUAAGACUAACAUAUUUUUGAAGAGUACCUUAAAAACUUUAUUAAAAGGAAGGUAACUACUCGUAUUUUUUUAGUAAUUUUAGAGGCCAAAAAUAAAAAUCUAGCUACAUUACAACAAGAUUACUAUAUAGGAAACCAACCAGAUAUUCAGAAGGGAGUAAAAUAAAGAAUAAACACAGAACAGAAAGGGGAUCAGUCGCUAUUUGUCUAACUCUAGAUCAACCAUUCAGUAAAAGAUAAGUUAACUAGCCUUUACCAAAGGUAAAUGGAUGCCUUUUUUACAUUAAAUGGGGGGAAAUACUGAUCUAUUUGGAAUGAGAUAAUUCAUUUAACCUUACAAAGUCCCAAAGGAACUAAAAUUUGCUAAUAUUUCUAUAAUCACUUUACAAGAAAGCAGCAGGAACACUAGGGCAUAUUAAGAUCAGACUAGCAUAACUUUGUAUUUUUUGAAAUCCUUCCUUAAUUGUAAAAUAUAGCUCUGAUAUGACUAGAAACUGUAUUAAAAAAAGAGGUUUCAGUAUUUGCAAAAUGAGUGUUUGUAUUUCAACUCGAUAUUUCACAUAAGUAUCUUAAGAUUAAGUCUUAUAAGAACAAAGGAGUUUGAAAGUGCUCUAUUUUUCUGAGCCUCUUUUAAUAAAGAUUACUAAAUGGCAUCAAACCAAAAAAGUGUAUUUCCUAAAGUAUUCAAUACAGAUCUAAUC